CUCGCGGGUUUCGGGUGCUAACACGUUUUCCGUUCACCACAGAUUCAUAUUUUCAUAUAAUUUUGCGAAUUGUUUGUGCUUUUAUUAUUGCUAUAAUUGAAAUUGUAGCACACAAAUUGUGUGGUUUAUCGCUGCAUUUGUUUGUACACGGAUAUAUUAAUUAACGCAAGAAAAUAUGGAUCACCAAAAGCUGACGGAGCUGUUGCGUGCAACAAUUGAUCCUAAUCCCGAACAGAGGAAGGCGGCAGAAGACCAAUUGGCACAGAUUCACAAAAUUAUUGGAUUUGUACCAACAAUUUUACAAAUUGUUAUGAAUAACAAUGUGGAUCAGCCUGUACGUCAAGCCGGUGCUGUCUACUUGAAAAAUAUGAUUUCAAACAAUUGGGCUGACCACGAAGUCCAACCCGGUGAACCCAUACCAUUCUCCAUACACGAACAGGAUCGUGCCAUGAUCCGCAGCUCUAUUGUUGAUGCUAUUGUACAUUCUCCAGAAAUUCUACGUGUCCAACUGGCUGUGUGUCUAAAUUGCAUCAUAAAGAAUGAUUUUCCUGGUCGUUGGCCUCAAGUGGUGGACAAUAUUAGCAUUUAUCUUCAGAACCCAGACAUCAAGGGAUGGAAUGGAGCUUUAAUUACCAUGUAUCAAUUGGUGAAGACCUACGAAUAUAAACGUGCCGAGGAACGAGCACCUCUCAAUGAAGCCAUGAAUCUACUUCUACCAAUGAUUUACCAACUAAUGUUGACCUUAAUGAACGAUCAGUCUGAAGCAUCUGUAUUGAUGCAAAAACAAAUCUUGAAAAUAUACUAUGCUCUAACGCAAUUCAGUUUACCUUUGGAAUUGAUAACAAAGGAUAUCUUUUCGCAAUGGAUGGAAAUAUGCCGUCAAAUUGCCGAGCGUCCUGUGCCAGACUGUUCACAUCUGGAGGAAGAUGAAAAACCGGAGUUUGCAUGGUGGAAGACCAAAAAAUGGGCUUUGCACAUUAUGGUGCGCAUGUUUGAGCGAUAUGGCAGCCCGCGAAAUGUUGUCAGCGACAAAUAUCAAAAAUUCGCCGAAUGGUAUCUGCCCACAUUCACUCAGGGUGUUCUGGAUGUUUUACUGAAGAUUCUAGAUCAAUAUCGUAACCGCGUUUAUGUAUCGCCGCGAGUUUUAACAGAUGUUUUGACGUACCUUAAAAACGCUGUUAGCCACGCCUACUCAUGGAAGUUAAUUAAGCCUCACAUGGUUGCAAUUAUUCAAGAUGUUCUCUUCCCCUUAAUGUCCUUCUCUGAGCAAGAUCAGGAAUUGUGGGAAUCGGAUCCCCACGAGUAUAUCAAGCUGAAAUUUGAUAUAUUUGAGGACUAUGCCACACCAGUGCCCGCUGCCCAGUCUUUGCUUCACUCUUGCUGUAAGAAACGUAAGGGAAUUUUACCCAAAGCCAUGACCAUUAUUAUGCAAAUUAUCACAUCACCGAAUGCCGACAACAAGCAAAAGGAUGGUGCUUUACAUAUGAUCGGUACGUUGGCCGAUGUCUUACUUAAGAAACGCAUAUAUCGUGAUCAAGUGGAGAACAUGUUGACAACGUACGUUUUUCCCGAAUUCCAAAACCCUGUGGGCCACAUGCGAGCCCGAGCUUGUUGGGUUCUUCACUACUUUAGCGAAAUUCAAUUGAAAAAUCCUCAAAUUUUGGCGGAAAUUGUUCGUUUGACAACGAAUUGCUUAUUGAACGAUCAAGAACUACCUGUUAAAGUUGAAGCCGCUAUUGGACUGCAAAUGUACUUGAGCUGUCAAGAUGAUGCUGCACAAUAUUGCGAAGCACAAAUUAAAGAAAUCACCAAAGAACUAUUGACAAUUAUCAGAGAGACCGAGAAUGAAGAUCUCACAAAUGUUUUGCAAAAGAUUGUUGGUACUUUCUCCGAGCAAUUGUUACCGGUUGCUGUUGAGAUUUGUCAACAUUUGGCAACCACAUUUAGCCAUGUCUUAGAAUCGGAAGACGGAGGCGAUGAAAAGGCAAUCACAGCUAUGGGUCUAUUGAACACCAUUGAGACCUUGUUGAGCGUAAUGGAGGACCAUCCAGAGGUCAUGAGCAAUCUUCAUCCAAUUGUUAUCAAUGUUGUGGGUCACAUAUUCCAAAAUAAUAUUACUGACUUCUACGAGGAAACCUUCUCCUUGGUGUACGACUUAACGUCGAAAACAAUAUCACCUGAAAUGUGGAAAAUGUUGGAACUGAUAUAUCAAGUGUUCCAGAAAGGUGGAAUAGAUUAUUUCAUUGAUAUGAUGCCAGCUUUACAUAAUUACGUCACCAUUGAUACACCUGCAUUUUUAUCGGAUCCUUGUCGGUUGUUGGCCAUGUUUGAAAUGUGCAAAACUAUGUUAACUAGCAAUCCAGGUGAAGAUCCCGAAUGUCAUGCUGCCAAGUUAUUGGAAGUAAUUAUAUUGCAAUGCAAAGGUCAAAUUGAUUCUGUAAUACCGGUGUUUGUCGAGCUGGCCUUGGGUCGCCUAACAAGAGAGGUGCAAUCGUCAGAAUUGCGCACCAUGUGUCUACAGGUUGUCAUUGCCGCCUUAUACUAUAAUCCCCAAUUAUUGUUAUCGAUUUUGGAUAAGAUGUCUCAACAAAAUAAUGAACCCAUAUCAUCACAUUUCAUAAAACAAUGGAUUCACGACACCGACUGUUUCCUCGGAAUUCACGAUCGCAAGUUGUGUGUUUUGGGUCUCUGUACUCUCAUUUCGCUGGGAGAUAGCAAACCACAAGUAUUGAGCGAAGUUGCUGAUAAAAUUAUACCUUCUUUAAUUUUACUUUUUGAUGGACUUACACGCGCUUAUGAAUCACGUGCCCAGGAAGAGGAAGAGGAGGAAGAAGAAGAUAAUGACGAUUGCGAAGAGGCUUUAUCUAGUGACGAAGAUGAUAUCGACGAAUUCGCCCCCGACUAUUUGGAACAAAUAGCCGAGUACAGUAAAGCCAAGGCUGCAGAAGCUGGAUUUGAAAUGAAGUCUGAGAUCAAAGACGAUGAUGAGGAAGACGACGAAGAUGAGGAAGAUUCAAUUGAUGAAUUAAACGAAACCGCUCUAGAGGGAUACACUACAACCCUCGAUGAUGAAGAGGAUGAAAAUGCUAUCGAUGAAUUUGUAACCUUCAAAAACGUCAUUACUGCUUUGUCUGCACAGGAUCAGGCCUGGUAUGCCAUACUUACUUCUGGUUUGACACCAGAGCAAACAAAAGCUUUGCAAGACGUAGUAACGACAGCAGAUCAACGCAAAGCUGCCAAGGAGUCUAAACUAAUAGAAAAACGUGGCGGUUUUGCGUUUACACAACAAACUGUACCAUCGACAUUUAAAUUUGGUUCAUAAUAAUUGUAAAACCAUCAUAAAAUGACUUCAAACAUAAUUUUUCCAAAAAAAAAUAUAUGUACGAAACAUUCAGUAAAGUAAUCACUGAUCGAACCCGCAAACGUUCGAUCUAAUAUGUUACAAAUAACGAAACGAACUCUAUCUGUCCAUAUACUGUGAGAAAACUUUCCGGUUACCGCAACUUAUUAUUAUUAAACCAAAACAGAUUGCAAUUUCACUUCUUUAUUUAUUUAUAUUUAUUAUACAAAAAUCCAAUCCCACGCUUUUGUAAUAUUGUAUAAAAAUAUUCCAAGUUAUUAAAGGUAGUUAACAAAUUUCUAAUUUCAUUUUCAAGUAUCAUCGAUUUUUAUACGCCUGCGCACAUGGACGCGCCCUUCGUCCCUGCUCUAAGUUUAAUGUGCACUUGCUAAUGUAUUGGUAACAUUUUGAAUGAUUUCGGAAAUGUUCUUUCAGUUGUAUGUGAUUUUGUCUCAUUGAAUGAGCCGCAUCAAACAUUACAUGCUUAUUUGUCGUCAAUUGACUAAACCAAGGUAUAUUUUAAUAAUUUUGCAUUCUCCAUUGUGUUGACGUAAGUUUUUUACUAUUUUUAAAAGGUGAAGAAAAUAGUACUCAUCUCAAUUAUAAAAUCAAUUUUCCUUUUUUAAAUGCAUAAACACACGGUGUACAUUUUUUAAUUUAAAGAUAUUUGCGAAAAGAAACGAAAAAUAAUAAAGAUUUUUAAAAUGUUUAUAACUGAAGAA